CAUACUCUUCACGACUAGCUGUGUUUAGUUGCUGAUUUGCUUUCAUGGCCUGAUACAACAGACUUCAAACUGCUGCUACGCCUGAGCCGGGAGGUUAUCUGCGUAAACAAAACAGAAUGGUAGCCAAACGGUACUGCGUGAUCGGAGCCGGUGCUGCCGGAAUUUGUGCGGCAAAAUAUGUUCUUCAGGAACCAGUUGGGACGGCUGAGGUGGUCGUUUAUGAGCAAACCACUCAAGUGGGUGGCACCUGGGUGUAUACCGAUAAAGUUGGAACGGAUCAAAAUGGAUUACCGAUUCAUAGCAGUAUGUAUGAAGGGCUUUGGACCAAUCUACCGAAGGAGGUGAUGGGAUUCGCUGACUUUGAAAUGCCUGCGCAGAGACGAUCGUACAUACCUUCGAGCGAGGUUUUGGAAUUUUUGAAAAGUUACGCCAACCACUUUAACGUUGUUGAUCAUGUUCAAUUCGAACAUUUGGUCGAAGAAGUUAAGCCAAUAGAAAAAAGUGGACGUUGGAACGUUACAGUGAAAGAUAUUAGGAAUAAUACGACGAAAAGUGAAUCCUUCGAUUAUGUCAUAGUAAGUAACGGACAUUACUUCGAGCCACUAACACCUGGCUAUGAAGGUCUAGAAAUCUUUGAAGGAACGCAAUUGCACAGUCACAAUUACCGAUCACCGUCAAUCUUCCAAGAUCGUAAGGUACUAAUCAUUGGAGCCGGUCCCAGUGGAAAAGACCUGAUAUUUGCUGCUGCCAAAUAUGCCAAAAAUGUGUACUUUAGUCAUCACGUGCAUGAGAAAUUAAAGCAUACGAAACUGCCGGACAAAGUAGUUCAAGUGGCCGAUGUCCAAAGGUUACACAAACAUACCGUGGAAUUUACCGACGGUUCAUGCUAUGAAGUCGAUUUUAUUUUAUAUUGCACGGGUUAUUACUUCAGCUUUCCUUUCCUGAGUCCUGACUGCGGAAUCCAGGUUGAGGAUAGUUGGGUAAAACCGCUGUUCAAGCAUAUAAUUAACAUCAACAAUCCUACGAUGGCUUUCAUUGGAAUUCCGUACCAUGUCUGUACGAGUCCCAUGUUUGAUCUGCAGGUCCGUUUUACCCUGCAAUUUUAUUCUGAUCGCAAGCAGUUACCUACGCAAAAAGAAAUGAUCCAAGAUUAUGAGGCGGAAAUGGAGGCUCGAUGGAGCAGGGGAUUGGCCAAGCGAAAAGCUCACCAGAUGGGAGGUGAGGUGCAGGCGGCGUACUAUGCCGAUCUAGCAAAAACAGCCGGGAUCGAACCGAUGCCGGUGGUCAUACCGCGGAUGCACAUUGCCAGUAACAAGCGCAAGAACGAAGAUUUGGCCACCUACCGGAAUGACGUGUUUCGGGUGCUAGACGACGAACGAUUUGAGAUAAGCUACGAUGCGGAACUGGGAUUUGGGCAUUAGUUUAUCGACGGUUCGAGAUCAUUGUCAGAAAUUUUUAAUGUUGAUUCUGUGUGGACUAUUUCAAAAAUUUACGUAUGUAAUAAAUGUU